AUGCGGUUCAUCAUCCUAUCCUGCCUUGCGGCGACGGCCGCCCUUGCUGGCCCCAGCCCUCACGAGUGGGCUCGCAAUAACAAGGGCGUCGCCGAGUCCCUCGACGGAGUCACCUGGGCGCCCCUGGCAUGGGAUGCCCAGGCGUUCCCUGGUGGCCCCAAGCUGACGCUCAGAGGAACGGUGCAGGAGGUGCACGACCAGCUGCUUGCCGCCAACCCCGAAUGGGAGACCGAUUUUGCCCGAAACACAACGUCGGAGUCGCCAACGCACGACGAGCGCAGCGCCAACUUCAUGGGCGCCAAAGUGGAAUGCAAGGAGUGGAAAUACGGGCAGCCAAAGCACGCGGCCUUGUUACGAGCCCUGAACCACUGGAACAACGUCGCUGGACCUGGGCCCGUUUUGGCGCCCGGCCCUCGUGUCUGCAGCGUCGUGUACUAUGACAGCGACACGACUAUAGUGCUUUGCAAUGCGGUGAGCCACUUCUCUUUGCUUUAUUACCCUAUGCACGGAACCCUCGCGUGCGAGUCACUGACCAAGCAUCUGCGCGCUAGGACUCAGUCGAAAAGAGACUCGAUUCGUAUUCGAACGUUUCGGCAGGAUUACAAGCCAUACGCGCAACAUGCCUCAGGCUUGUGA